AUGAAUCCAAGUCCAGUGCUCUGGUUCUGUUUUUAUGGUGUUGUUUUGUCUUUUAUUAUGGUGAAUUGCUUGGUUGCGUGUGCUUAUAUGGACGUGGAUCCAGGAUUCAAUAAUUUCUUAGAAAGCUUCAACAGUGGUGCUAUGACAAUUCAAAAUGAAGAUUCAUGCUCAGACGAAGGUGACUCAAGCGAUCACGAGGAGUCAGGUGAAGAUGACCUGGACAAAGAUAAAGAAAAAUUUCUCUCUAACCAACUCAUUGCUGCAUGGUGUCAAAUGGUCAAAGAAGAUAAUAGCCAGUCGGCGUUCAUUAGCCUGCUAAAUGCCUACCGUGCAGCAUGCCAUUAUGGUGUUGAAUCAGUUGCCAUAGAAUCGACAGCAUGUAUUUCGAGGCAUAUUGCAGAUAUCAUCUUCGAACAGCAAAAAGGAGACAGUAGAAAAACUACAGAAAAACUCAAAGUGGAAAAACAUGAAAUCUCUUGUCAAAUCUUUUGUGAGAAGCACAUUGUUUUUGUUGGAUCAGAUUACCGACUCAGAAAUUCUGACUUUUGCAAUGUCGAGGAUCCGAGCUUCCCUGAUAUUUUUUGUUGCUUUCCCAUCUCUGGUCCAACGACUCCUAAGGCAACAGUUCAUUUGUGGGCAACAGGUGGAAGGGUCUUAUCAUCAGCUUCCUUUUCCGUUAUACGGAAUGUUGCUGCUAUGUUUGGUUCAGAUCACUUUGAUACCUGCCUAUCAAAAACUUCCAUAUCAUUUCUUUUGGUCUAUGACAUAGAACAUAUGCAAUUCUUAAGGGAUUGCAUAGUUAAGAAUUGCAUAUUUGAAUUGUGUUCUCUAGAUGUGCAAAAAUCAUCUGUUAAGGCUGUUGCUUCUUUAAGUCAACGUGCCAAGAUAUUUAGCUUGGCAAUACAAGCAAAGAAAAAGGAAGCAGUUAGAAAGAUUUGCAGCUGGGAAUCUGUUAACUGUGUUGAUACGGGGGUUAGGUUCAUAUCAGCAAAUAUACGCGACUAUGAUCUUCAGUCCUUGUUCUUUAUGACCGUAAAGCUUAUUAAUGGUGUAGCUCACAUGUUUCCUGGUCCAAGGUAUUUACCUCUGAGACUCAAGUCCAUCAAGUGGCUGAAUCUUCUCUCAAGUUCGAGUGGAACUUUUAUACCAGUUGCUUCAUUAGUGUUGGAUGUUUUGGAAUAUAAGGUUUCCGGGGAGGGAAGAAAAGCUCAAAUUGCAUUCAAUACUACGACAGUCUUGAAGCUGCCCAAACAUUACCUAAUAAAAAAUCUUUCAGACGAAUGCUUUCAGUCUGCUUUCAAACAGCUUGCAUUUCACUUUUCUCAGUGGAGCUACCAUAUUUCGUUUCCUGACCUGGCUACUAUUCCAGUAAUCCGCCUGAGAAGAAUUCUUGAGAUCACAACUGUAGAAAGCUUGUGUCGCAUUGUGAAGCGUAUGAUUGAUCAGGUGGAGCAGAACGCGGCCUUUGUGCAGAAAAAGAGAGAAAAUGCACCUUUCUCCCCUCUUGAUCAUCAAUCGGCAGAUUCUUUUCUUCAGCUUGAAAAGUCCAGCCCGAACGCUCCAUUUACUCAAUAUUACAGAAGUGUCCUGGAGAAGGCUUGUGAAAGGAAAUUGCAUAAAUUUGAUAAGAAAAGUUUGACAGAGCUGAAAACUUCAAAGACGAAUGCUGCAAAGCACAAAAGAAAACCAGUAGCUGUGGAUGUUCAUGUUGAUGCAGAAGAUCAACCUGCUGAAAAUGGGAUGGUGAAUAGUAAACGGAGGAAGAGAGUCCUUGAAGCUCAGUGAUAACCAUCAAAGCUUGGUUUUCCAAGGAAUUCACCCAAUUUUGGGAUCAGAGUACUCAAUUCAAAUCCAAUAUGGCCUUGUUCUUUUCUCAUUGUUGUAUUCUGUUCGUUGAGUUCGAUCCGAUGUAUCUGAAGAUCAUAGUGCCUUUUUUGAUAAAAUUGAUAGGAGUUUGCUUAGCAUCAUCAUUAUGUUUUAGUGUUGAAUACUCAAACAUGUAGAGCUCAAAUUUUGCUGAGAACAUAAUUUAUCAAUGAAAUGAGAUGUUACAGUU